AUGGCGCCGCUAUCUCCCACAUCGAAGCAAGCCAUCGAACGACUGAGACGUUAUGUCCCGCCCCCAACCAGUUACGACUCCGUCCCGCUGUCGCGACAGGCUGCUGUGCUGCUUCUGCUCUUUGCCGAUCGACGAGGCGAUCUUCGGGUUAUCUUAACCAUCAGAUCUAACACACUCAAAUCAUACCCCGGUCAAGCAGCACUACCAGGUGGGAAGGCGGAUUCAUUAUCAGAGACGCCGUUCGAGACUGCUCGGCGCGAAGCAUUUGAGGAAAUCGGCCUGCCCAAUAUCGAUCAGAAGUUCCCAUCCCCUUUUUGGGUAGAGCAUCUCUGCGAACUCCCCGCCAAUCUUGCACGGACCGAGCUGGUCGUACGGCCGUGUGUGGCGCUUCUCCACUCUUACGACGAAGUUACAGGUGAAGAUGCUGAUCCGGAGGAGGCGUUCAUGCCCCAACUCGACGCCAAGGAGGUGGCGGCCGUCUUCUCGGGGCCAUUCCACAAUUUCCUGAUGAUGCGGGACGAGCCCCGUGGCGAGGAUGAUUUCAGUCUUCCAGACGACCCUUCCGAGUGGUAUGAUGGAACAUGGACCAACUGGAACACUACUUGGUGGCGCAUGCACCAUUUCUUCGUUCCGAUAACGAACCAAAAGGUUACAAAGCCAAGAAGAAAGAGCAUUGACCAAGAUGCCGCUGUUGAUGAACUAGAGAGGCAGGAGAUAUCCAUGGGACUAACCCGCUAUCAAGUAUUCGGUAUGACCGCUCGAAUUCUAGUCGAUGCUGCUCGAGUGGCCUACGCAGAAGAGCCUGAAUUCGAACAUAACAGUCAUUUUGGGGACGAGGACAUGAUCGCUCGGCUGAAAAAGAUCGGCAGGUUCAAGGAAACCCGAGACCCGGCGGACGAACUUACUACAGAAAUGUUUGAAAAAGCCUCCAAAUUGACGUGA